CAAACCGCCCGUAAGUCCACAGGAGGCAAAGCCCCCCGCAAACAGUUGGCCACCAAAGCCGCCCGCAAGUCGGCGCCCGCCACCGGAGGCGUGAAGAAACCCCAUCGUUAUAGGCCCGGAACCGUCGCCCUCCGAGAGAUCCGUCGUUACCAGAAGUCCACUGAACUGCUGAUCCGAAAGCUUCCGUUCCAGCGAUUGGUUCGUGAGAUCGCUCAGGACUUCAAGACUGACCUCCGAUUCCAGUCAUCCGCUGUUAUGGCUCUUCAGGAGGCAUCUGAGGCUUAUUUGGUCGGACUCUUCGAGGACACCAAUCUGUGCGCCAUUCACGCCAAGCGAGUGACUAUUAUGCCCAAAGACAUCCAACUGGCCCGUCGUAUCCGUGGCGAGAGAGCUUAAGACACCACUCAUACAAACAAACGGCCCUUUUUAGGGCCAAUACAUACCUGUCCAUAAGAACAUGAUUAUCAUUAUUGCCUUUUUAUAUCCAUUCAUGUGUUUCAGCAUUUAAUUUAUUACUUUUAACCG